CAGUUGCAUUCGUAUUGAAGCCGUUGGACAUGGAACGUUGGCGGAACCGUAUCGCUGUGGUGACUGGCGCCAGUUCAGGAAUUGGAGCUGUCCUCACCGGCCAACUGAUUGCCUCGGGCGUUCGCGUUGUGGCCUUGGCCCGUCGCCUGGAUCGGCUGGAGCAAGUGCGUCAACAGCUGGCCGAAGAACAGCGGCAGCAGCUGCACAUUCGUCAAUGCGAUGUCACUGAUUUGCAGUCCGUAAAUGCCGCCUUCGAUUGGAUCGAAUCGGAAUUGGGUGGCGCUGAUAUAUUGAUCAACAAUGCGGGCAAAUUAUCUGGUGGCCAGCUGGUGACCAUGUCCCUGGACACUGUGCAGCAAGUGCUGCAGACCAAUGUCAUGGGCGUUGUCUACUGCACGCAACGCGCCUUCAAAUCGCUCAGAGAACGCAAUGCGCCAGGCCAUGUGGUGUUGAUCAACAGCAUUGUGGGUCAUUAUCUCUUUAAUCCGUUGCCCGGCAGCUUCCAAGAGCUGAACAUGUAUCCCGCUACGAAGCAUGCUCUGACUGCCAUGACUGAGCUGUUCCGUCAAGAGUUUCGUGAUUUCAAGACACAGAUUAAGGUUACGAGCAUUAGUCCGGGUCUGGUGGAUACGGAGCUAGUGCCGCAGGCUUACAAGCGAUUGCCCAUGCUGCAGCCGGAGGAUGUGGCCAAUGCAAUCAUGUACGCUCUGGCCACACCGCCGCAUGUCCAGGUCCACGAAGUAACCCUCAAGCCAAUGGGCGAGCCUUUUUAAUCACCCAUUUCAAAUUAUAUGUUGCCUUUGCAGUUGUAGUAAAGUUAAAUAGUAUCAACAUUUAAACAAUUACAAAACCAAAACAUAAAUUAACGCAAUGUUUGUAUGUUUGCUUAACAGCCCAAAAAAAAAAAAAAAACUCAUUAAUU